UGUCGUUUCAGUACGGCUGAAGAGGAAGAUGGAGGUUCCGGCUCGUCGUGCUGCUGUGCUGCUUCUCCUGCUCCUGGCUCUGAUCACAGUUCAUUCACAGGAGGAGGAGGAGGAGGUGGUCGUCCCUGAUGAGGAGCUCCAGGAGGAGCAGCAGGUGAUCGAGACCUGGACGCGGAAUGUGAAGGCCUGCACUUGUGACUGCGAAUCCGCAGAUUCUCCCACUCGCCCCCCCACUGUCUCACCUCUCCUGACAACGCCCUCACCGCCUCAAGGUCACCAGUGGACCUGCAUGCCAGAGUGCCCGUACCACAGAGCGCUCGGCUUUGAAUCCGGAUCUGUGACCUCCAACCAGAUCAGCUGCUCCAAUCAGGACCAGUACACCGGCUGGUACUCCUCCUGGAUUCCCAACAAGGCUCGCCUCAACAAUCAAGGAUUUGGGUGUGCAUGGCUAUCCAAGUUCAACGAUCAGCACCAGUGGAUCCAGAUUGACCUGAAGGAAGUGGGUGUGGUGUCGGGCAUACUCACGCAGGGCCGCUGUGAUGCCGAUGAGUGGAUUACUAAAUACAGCAUCCAGUAUCGCUCUGUGGAAACUCUCAACUGGAUCUUCUACAAGGACCAGACAGGAAACAACAGGGUCUUUUAUGGGAAUUCUGACCGCUCCUCGACGGUACAGAACCUGCUUCGACCCCCGAUUGUAGCUCGCUACAUCCGCCUGCUGCCGCUAGGCUGGCACACUCGCAUUGCCAUGAGGAUGGAGCUGCUGAUGUGCAUGAACAAGUGCUCGUGAGGAGCGACAACCUUCCCUCUCCUGCCUCAGACACUCACACAGCUGGAGAGCGUGACUUUAAAGCUGCCUGCACAUCUUUGGGGAGACCUGAAGAAGUCUACAUGUGGGUGGAUGGACGUAUUUAGUGCUUUUUGAUGUAACUUCCUGGAGAUUUUUGCUCUGAAAACCACCUGAACCACCAGUCAGCAGCAGAAAAUCAGGUUGGUUUGGCUGUGCUGAAACAAAAGAAGUAACAGUUUAAGAGUUUAAAUCAAAUGAGCUGUUUUAUUGGA